UUGGUUUCUCACUCGCCCAACCAAUCACAUCCAGUGGCAGGAAAAGAUUGUGUUCUCAUUUUUCUUCGGAGGUGCGGUGCUUUGCUUAGGAUUAUCCUUUGCCUUCCACACAUUGUGUUGCCAUUCCAUAAAUGUCGGCCGACUUUUCUGCAAAUAAUUGAUUUGUCCUCUUUACUUAUCAUUGAUUUUACUAUCAUCUUGCGGCUUGACUAUAUGGGUAUUUCCCUAUUGAUUAUUGGUUCUUUUAUACCAUGGAUUUAUUAUGGGUUCUAUUGUCGUAUGGAACCUAAAAUUACUUAUAUAGCCAUGGUUUCUGUUUUAGGAGUGAGUUGUCCUAAAUUUCGAUUCUUUACCUCUUUCUUUUGUCGCAUUAAUGAAAAUCGCUAUCGAUCAGGUGCUAUUGUUGUUUCGCUAUGGGACAAGUUCAGCGAAUCUCGUUUUCGGCCUCUGAGGGCAGGCGUAUUUGUUUCGAUGGGAUGCAGUGGUGCUAUCGUUGUUUCGCUAUGGGACAAGUUCAGCGAAUCUCGUUUUCGGCCUCUGAGAGCAGGCGUAUUUGUUUCGAUGGGAUGCAGUGGCAUAGUACCUACAGUGCAUUACAUCAUUACCGAUGGAGUGCGCUCUUUGUUUGAGGAUAAUGCGUUCCAUUGGUUGCUUCUCAUGGCAUUCCUGUAUCUGCUAGGAGCGCUUCUUUAUGCUACAAGAACUCCCGAACGAUUCUUUCCUGGAAAAUGUGACAUAUGGGUUAGUUUAAGCUUUCAAAACCUGAGUUUUCCUUCGUCAUAAAA